AUGGCAUCAAACGGCGACGAUGGACCUACAAACACGCAACGCCGGCCGCAACGCCCAGGCUUCUUACCACCUGGGCUUGUAGAGCUUGUUGUGCCGCCGCUUAAAGUAGGCGUCUACUCAGGCACAGCCGGUGUUUUGGCCGGAGUCGGGGGAGCCAUUGCCAGAGACACAAGCCCUGUUGUCAGUGGUGUGUUUUCCGGGGUACAAUGGUUCAUGCUGGGCAGCAGCUACUGGUUCACUAGAUCUGUCGGCAUUAAAGUAUACGGGGGCGAAGACAAAAUGACAUCGAUAGACAAAGUCGGCGUGAGCGGCUUGGCUGGGUCUACUGCCGGUGCCGUGGCAGGAUUGGCUCGAGGUCCUUCGAGACUUUUACCGGCAAUGGUGAUAUGGGGAUUAGUGGGAGCAGGUGGACAAGCAAUUGCCAACAGCGCUUUUGCCUCGCAAGCAAGCAAAAACAACGACGGAAGCAGUUGGUUAUCGAAACUAAGCCCGUUGAAGAGGUUGACAGAUGAGGAGUAUAUCGAUAUGAUGAAGGAGAAAAUCCUGAAAGUAGAUGUGGACAUUGCCCUAAUUGACGACCGAAUCGCGGAACUCAAGGCAGCAGAUAAGGCAAACGGGUUGGAAAGGCAGAUCGAGAAUACCCCGCGGCGAUGA